AUGCCCCAUAGCCUUGUCGGUGGCAGGGAGAAGAAGCGACAUCAGAAGGCCGUUGACGACGCCAGCGGUGACGUCGUGGGCUACGCGCGAUGGAUCUUGCCCGAUGACGAUGCUCGUAUUUCCUGGUCCGAAGCAUCUGUUCGCGAGCCCACACAAGAGGAAGCCGACAACUUCAGAGCAGCUUUCCAGGCCAAUACUGAGGGUGGUGAAAUUAAGGGUAUGGAUGGAAGACUGCAGGCUGCUCUUGGACUGCCGCUUGAGGAGGCUGAAGUUGCUGCAAUGCGAUCGCAGGAAGGCCCAUUCCUAGUUCUCGAUUACCUCACGGUGCACCCGGAUCACAGGCGUAAGGGCAUAGCUUCGGCUUUAGUCAAGAAUGGCCUAGAGCAGGCUGAUGCCGUAGGAAUGAAGGUUUGGGUCAUGGCCACGAAGACGGCGCAGCCCAUGUACGAAAAACUUGGUUUCGAACUCGUGGAUAGCGUCACAACAUCUGUCACCGAGUUCGGAAUCGCAGAGCCUCACGAGAAGGCAUUCUUGAUGAAACGAUAG